AUGUCCGCUGCAUCUCCCAUGUCCUCCAGUGGCGACCAGGUGCAAGGUUCCAGCCAGAUCCAUUUCCGCUUUUGCCGCGAAUGCUCCAACUUACUCUACCCAAAAGAAGACCGCAACACUAACACCCUCAUGUUCACCUGCCGAACGUGUCACGUCGGCGAGCCCGCCUCCUCCCCCUGCCUGCCCAGGUCAAACAAGCUUUGCCCUAGCUGCGGCGAAAACGAAGCAGUGUUCUUCCAGUCCCAACAGCGGUCGGCGGAAACGGGAAUGAAACUCUACUAUGUGUGCUGCACUUGCGGUAAUGUGUUUACUUGA